AUGGUUCAGCUGGCCAACGUUCUGAGAGGUGAAUUAGACGCCCUGCACUCACCCCAGGCGCAGGUCGGCGACAGGCGCCCUCCUUGUCCUAUCAUCAUCGCCAAGGUCCGCGACCACACGCGGAACGUCGACAGCGGCGAGUACGACCCUGACCACGUCGCUAUCGGCCCGUACAACUACCCUCGGUCCGAUAGCAAGAGGAUCCAGCACCUCGCCAUGGGGCACGACAAGCUGAUGAGCCUGGAGAAGGUGCUCACGGCAGCAAAGGCUCUGAGACCCGGCAUAACGGUGGAGGUGGACGUCUACGUCAACGAGCUGAGAUGCCUCGAGGAAUCUGUGAGGGACUGCUACGACAACACGUUUCCUGACAUGACGAGCGAGCAAUUCGUCCGCAUGCUCCUCCUCGACGGCUGCUACAUACUCUCCCGCCUCGUCGGCCUCCAACUCGGAGCACAACCCAUGGCCGAUUUGACGGGGACUGCAAAUGCAGGCGCCCUGUCAGCGGAAAGGGCCGAGGCGCUGGCCGUGGUCCGCCAUGUGUUCUACCUUGCAGAGAACCAGAUACCAUUUUUGGUCCUUGAGAAGAUUGGGGAGCUGACAGGUUUGGACGGUAACAAUCCUGUGAUUGCAAACAUCGCUAAGUAUGCUCUCGAUCUCAUGAGGAUGCAGAAGUACGCGGAGGCAGCGCCGGCCAUGGUGCCCACGGUGCCAGGCAAUCUUCUCCAUCUUCUUCAUAUGCACUUGAAGCCUGUGGCACCGUCGGUGUCUUCUGCUGCAACGGUCAGAGGCGCCAAGCGUGUGACCGUGCGCCGGUGGCGCUCAGCAACAGAGUACUACUUCGCCGGGGUGAUGUUCAAGCGUCGAGACAUGAGCGAGAACGGGCUCACGCGGUGCAUCCUCGACGUGAAGCUGAGCAGCGGCAGUGGCACGCUGGAGGUCCCCUGCUUGGACAUCGACGCCGGGACAUGGCGCCUGCUGCGCAACUUGAUGGAGCUGGAGCAGCGGAAUAGGGAGGCGGUCGGGAGCCACGUCACAGCGUACUGUGUGUUCAUGUCACAAUUGGCCUGCACCACAAAGGACGUCGAGCUGUUGACCAAGAGACGCGUCAUCGUGCAUGGCCACGGCAACAAUGAUGAGGUGGCCAAAUGCUUCGCUGACCUAUGCAAAGGUAUUAUGUUUGAUCCCAAUGAUCCCCAUUGCAACUAUCUGUGGGAGACAUGCUCCAAGCUGGAGAAACGUUGCUUAAGCAACCCGCAGAGAUGGAUUGCUUGGCUGAGGCGGAAGUACUUCAACAACCCUUGGCUUGCCGUCGGGCUCCUGGCGGCUGUCAUUGGACUAGUUUGCGGUAUCGUCCAGGCAGUGUACUCUGUUUUGAGUUACAAACAUGGAUGA